CCUCAGAGGCCACUACAGUUUGGAAACAAGCGGUGCUGUGAACACUUUUUGGAGGCUAAUGCGACGCGAGGACCGUCCUAGGAUCACCUAGCGAACGGAGCUCAGCAACCUCGGCCCGACCUUUGGCGCCACCGGAUAACUAACUCAUGGCCACGGCAUAUGGGUUGUAGGUUUCAGAGAGAAGAGGGGGGAUGUGGUGCUGCGGGCUAUAACCUCCGUGGCUCCAGGUCCAGGAUGUCAUUGAUACUUGUGAUUGUGCUGCUGUGCCAGAAGGCUAUCCACGGCAAAGCUAUCAACUCUCUCUUUGGCCCUUACAUUGCUUACGUCGAACGGUUCUACAAUUGUGGACCAGACGACCUCCCCUGGCAAUGGCAUUUGCGGGUUACUCAUUUCAAUCCAGUCAAGCCAAGAGAAGCUCAACUCUUGACCGGUAACGUGACGAUAGAUGAACCUGUUGAUGACAGCUUCGGGGUCAAAGUGUUUUUGGAUGUUCGGUCAAAUAACCAAUGGAAGGAAAACGCGGUUGUCUUCGCCUUUAAAUCGGGUGUAUGCCAGAGACUAAAAGAAAAUAUGCCGACCUUUUACAACCUUUUUUACAAGAAAAGUGAAACUGAAGGCACUUGUGUCUUGAAACCUGGAGUUUAUGAGGCCAAUAACGAACCAUGUGAAUGGGUUUUUCCCAAAUUUCCAAUCUUGCCCUAUGGACAAUAUAGGUAUAGAUUUACGGUGAGCAAGCUAGAUCGCCCCAUCGCCUGCUUGGCGGCAUAUUGCAGGAUUGUUCCGAAACUCUAGUAUCCACUCUACAAAAGAUUGCACGAAAGGCCAUACUAAAUGUACAGUACGCACAUGUCGGUAUGAUCGUCGUACUUACUGUACCGCUCAUAAGAUCUCAGCAAUGCUUGAAAUGAUACAUAAAACACCUCUCAAGCAAAUCACGCCCACUUUCUUUGGACAAAAUAACGGCCGUCUUACACAACAUUGAUAGCAGUCCAAUAUUUCUGAGGAGAGGGGGUAGAUAUAGUUCUUUA